AGGUGCCAGUGGAAUGCGGUGUGCGUUAUGGGCCAAAGGAAGGACAAAUGCUGGAUGUGUUUGGAGGACAGUCACUGUCACAUGAUGCCCCUAUACUGGUGUACAUACAUGGAGGUUAUUGGCAAGAGUUAAAUCGGGACAUGUCAGCAUACUGUGUCAUGCCCCAGUAUCAGUCUGGGAUCAGAGUCAUCAUCGUGGGAUAUGACCUCACACCAAAAGUGAAGCUGAGUGAAAUUGUGGAAGAAAUCAAAGAAGCAGCAGAAUAUAUUCUCAACAUGGCUGCCAAGUUUGGAGCAAGAUCUGUGUGGUUUUGUGGCCACUCUGCAGGAGCACACUUAGUAGCCAUGCUUCUAUUCUCAGGGUGGUUGGACCAAUUGGAUGACAACAUGUGCUGUACUGUUAAAGGCUUUGUAUUAAUCAGUGGUAUAUAUGACUUGACACCCCUUGUCAGCACAUAUAUCAAUGAUGCCCUCAAGCUGUCCAGUGAGGAGGCCAGAUCACUUAGCCCCAUGCUGCUGAAUAUCACCUCUCCACUCAUGACAAAGCUGAAGGUAUUAGUUGCUGUAGGUGAGCAUGACUCUCUGCAGUUCCAGCGGCAGAGCUGUGAGUUUGCCGAGAAACUCAGACAUCAUGGCCAGCAGGUGGACUGUGUGACAGUGUCUGGGGUGGAUCAUUUUGACAUUGUUGAAAAUCUUCAGCAACAAGAUUUCACCUUGACAAGAGCAAUCACAGGACUUGUUACAGGAGGACCAGCAUCGGUGCCCAGACAUAGCUGUGACACCAAAUAUGCUCUUCAGAGCAGUGCUUGUAGCAGUGGAACCUCAUGAAUUUCAAAACCUGGUACGGCAAGUGAAGUAAAGGAUACAAGAACAUGGCCCAUCCAGGUAUACCACAUACUUCCUGAAUACAAGUCGCCAGUGUGCUCUCAAUCAUGUCAGUAAGUCCAACUUUAUAGCAGUUAAUCUAAUAUAGAGAGGGUCCUGAAAGUUAUUAUGGGUCUGUAUUUGCUUAACCUUUAAAAAAACCGAAUCAUAGAAGGGGAGCAGCUGCUAUCUAAUAGCAAGAAGGUGUGGCAUCCUAUACAGAUGACAAUACAAGAUACACAAUAACUUCAUCACCGUCACAGGCUGCGUCAUAGUUCAAGUGGAUAGAACAUGCACCACUUACACGCGGAAAACCACCGCAUAUCAUGUGCACAUAGUAAUUAACAUUUCGCGGACCGGUGACUUAAAUA